UUUAUACUAGCUCGUAAUCAGGAAAUUGAAUAUUGAAAGGAAAACCUACCAAUCAUGUGUGACCUUCAAGUACUUAGCAUCUUCGCAAGCAGUUUGUGCAUUUGUCUUUUGUCAAGUUGUUCUACGCAGUUCUUGGUUAUGUAAACUUAUUAUUAGAAUAACGCUGUUUUGUUCAUAAACAGUCUGUGCUAAACAGAAAAUUAAUUUCUAUUGCUGAACCCAGCUAGCAUUUAUUUCGGGCCCAUUGCAGAUUUUUUUGGGGCAGACUCAGGGCGCAUUGCACACUGUUGAAGACAGACUUAGGGAUACUGUCCCACGUAUGUGUAUGCGCCCUACGUUUUUUCGGGCGCACUGCAGACUUUUUGGGGCAGACUUCGGGACAGUGUCCCACGUAAGUAGAUUUACCCGAAGUUUUUUGCCCCAAAAAUUAUGCAAUGCGCCCGAAGAAAAUGCUAGCUGGGUUAACAUUAUGAUCAUGAUUUUGUGGGAAAUCUAGGGCAAAUAGUAGAAAUCCUCCAUAUUUUUAUUUCCAAAAGUACACAUGGGUGCUUCCAAACGUUCAUUUUUGUCUGUGAGAGAAAUAUAAGCAACUGCGCAUUCAUUGUAGAUCGGAGAGGAUAUUAAUGCAAACAGAUUGUUGGACGGAGUUUAAUGUAUUUUCAGUAUUAUCCGCGCAUUUAAGGAGUACUCUCAACUCAGGAUAGUUAAACUGUGUGACAACAUGUAAAUUUUGCAGUCCAUAUAUGGACUGCAUAUGUAUGUUUCCAAGCUCCAUAAAUACAUUUAAUUCCGUCUCAAGCAACGUAUCACACUGUAAAAUCGUUCACGUGUGUAUGGAUAACUCACUCAUUUUAUGUUGCAUAGACAACUUUUGUAUGACUCUGUAGAAGCAUGCGUUAGAAAAUCACUCCAGUGUGCAAAAUCCAAUUUAAAGGUUAUCAAAAUUAGCUGUUUUGGCUUCUAUAGCUCUAUAAAUUGAUGAUGCGAAAAGAUGAGCCAGAAUAAAGGAAAACGAUUGUUGGUUCAGGUGAGAAUACUCGUGGCUGUGCAAGAUGUGAUGGGAUGGUAUUCAACCUAUACUACACGCAAUUGGGUAUCUUGUCGGUAACUUAAAUAUUUCACGUAGUGAAGAAACGCCUCCUAGACAUAUUGGACAAGAUCACUCAUUGCGCGGGUAAUGUAUCAUUGGCAUGCGUCCCAGUCGUCACAAUCUUAUUCACCACCCUAACGUGAUACAAUUUAUUGUGUAGCAAUCUGUUUGAAGAACGCAAAUCUGCAUUUCUCUAAUCUUUCAGGUUGUCAUCUAGUAAAUCUCGUCAUAAAUCUAUGUAAUUUAUUGCUUUCAUAAUUUCGAUUUAUCAUCGUAAUUAUUUGCUUCCUAUUCCGUUUGUUUGUCUCCUUACACUGCUCUCCUUACUGCCUCAAUCAUAUCAAGGUGACAUGAUUAUAUGCCAUAUGUCGUGCUUGAAACAUCAGUAAAUAAUGCUGUACUACUGUGUUAUCAAAUGAAAUUAUUGUGUGAUGGUUUUUACUAGUUUAUAACAAGGUCACUAUUCAAGGUAGAUAGUGGAGUAGUAAGCAUAAGUUAGCUACCCAUACUUAGUUGGAUUUGCCAGACAUUUGGAACGCUAUUAAGAGUACACAAGUGAACAGAAACUUUAUUUUUUUCAGUAUCCGUUUCAGUGUUACUUUGAGCUAUGAAGCAUAAAACCUGCGACUCAUUGAAAUGCAGUCGCAGCUAAAGCAUUCAAAAUAUAUUUUGACUAUAGUCACCUGAUAGGGCUUUCAAGUGCGUUAUUUCGAUAUUUAGGAUACUAUCAUCUUAAGUAAAAUAUUUCGUAACAACUACCUGCAACGGUAAAAGACGAAACAGAGAUGAUAUCAUCACUCGGUAACAGCAGUCAUUCCUUUGGGCGAUAUAUAGGAGCAGCAACUAAUUGUUCUGUGAUAGCUGUGACUAAUUCGGCUUCUAAAAUCUUGGUGUUACUCAUAUUUUAACUACUUCUUGUAAAGGAUGAGUUAUGCAGGUUCCAGGAACAGAUGAAGAAUACGCGCCCAUCAACCUUCGGUAUUAGCUGAAUUUCAUCAUCCGAGGAUGGUAUUUGAACUUGUCAGUUGGGAAAUUGAUAAGUUGUUUGUGGAAAGAGAACUAUCAUACUAUUCAAGCCACAACAUUUGGACUUACCUGUCUACGUAUUUAUAAGGAAUUGUUACCAUAAGUGACAACAACCAAUGCUGUUCACUUUGAUCACUCGUCACUAAUGUCUUUAUUUCAUUAUGGGUGUACUGGUGAAGAUUUCCUAGGUUUCAUGAAUUUUCUCAGCGUUGGUAUUAGGCAUGUAGUUUACUUGUUUAGGUGUCCUCAUUGCCCUGAGAAACGAUGGUUGGAAGCCUUUGUUUGUGUGCCUGGAAUUUACUUACCACUUGUCUUUAAGAUUCAAAGCAAUUAGUUUUCAUUCCACUAUUCUAUCGCAUUAAUGUAGGUACAUGAUGAUAUCAUCUUUUCUUGAUGUGAUUUUUCGAGGAGUAGCACUCUAAAUUUAUACAUGUCUGUGGAUUUUUACAUUGAUGUGUUAGUCAGGCAUAUCUCACCUACUUAAAGCCUUAACUUGAGUAUCAAAUGUAAAUAACAGUUCGCAACUGAAACAGAGAAGUACAGCCCGAAUAAGACCAAUAAACACUAGUUGAACGACUUAGACACUUCCUUAUGAGCAGUCGAAAUGGUCAAACCAUCAGUUGCUAUAUCUUAAAAAAGUGACCAUUUUAAUUAACAAUCUGAGUGGUGAUAUCUAAUUUUUAUUUUGUUUCUUCUCAGGUUUGCUCUAUGCUGAAGUCACUAGUAGACUCAUCCACAUUUUACGUCUUUUGUUGAACAAUCUGAUGUAAUCUAUCAAAAAUCGAAUAGUAUCCCAGUGAUGGAAUUCGCUCAUAUGGUCUUCAGAAUAGCAUUAUCCGGUGAUGCAGCAUCACUCUCAAGAAUUUUAAAGGACGAUCCGAAUUUAGUAAAUCUCCCAGACUUUGAUGUAAGUUUAACAAAUUAGCCGGUAUUUAGUAGGGUAAUAUGCCACUGCACUUUGCAGUUAUGUCAGGCUCUCCAGAAUGCGUAAAAGUAUGCAUUUCUGCACUACAGGCCCGAGAAGAUCUUGACCGUACUACUGAAUUUAGACGUAAAAACUUCAUGGGUAAAGAUGCUCUUACACUUUCAAUUGAAAAUAGUGAUUAUGAGUCGUUUAGUUUAUUGUUGGAUGCAGGAGCACAAACGGAUUACCGAUGUAUGGAUGACGUGCCACCUCUCGUGGCUGCUUUGAACCAAUGUAACUUAAAGCUGACUACCCAUGUUUUGGAUGUACUUGAAAUUAGUUUCGAUCGUUUGCGUGAGUAUCGUUUGUGGUGCCUAGCCUUACAUACUGAUCUCUCAAUAUCCUUGGCCUAUUUCAAGCUAUUGAAAGCCCAUGCUGCACCUUAUCAUUUGAACGAUUUCGAAGAAAUAUAUGAUACUGUCCUGGAAAAGGAACCGUCAACAAAAGGGAUUGAGGAGUUCCUAAUAUUCUUGGGGUUGGAUGCCGUGGAGCGUUGGUCCAUUUGUUCAGAGGAAAUAUUUCACUGUUUACUACUUAUUUCUUCAUAUUUUCUAAGGAAGCUUAUUCCAUUUAAUCAAAACUUCAGCUGUGUCCACCGCUUACAAAGUCUGGGUUUGUACAUACCCCCAGUGUCUGCUAGAGCCUGGUUAAGAAUCCUUUCGCAGUGGGGACUGCCGAAAAUUUUUAUUAAACAACCUGACAUACAGAAGCAGUUGAUUUGGGAUCUAGCAGAUAUUAAUGGAAGUCCUAAAUCUACAGUCCAUAACAGGUUUUUAUUACCGCUCGUGCUAUAUUUUGCUGUUUUAGCACUACGUUUUCCCUAUCCUGAUUGGACUACAUGGUGGCAUGAGGCUUGUUUAAAGGCUAAUUUUAAUGAGCAACAAUUUAAAUUGGGAACACUUCUCGAAGUCCACAAGGGUAAACAAUCUAAACCUGUUUCUGAGUUCUUUUGGCGUAAUAUAUUCACCUUUGUUAUUUCACGUGCUGUUUUAUACAAUGAUUCAAAAAUUUUCUGUUUGUCUGACACUCAAAACUCUAUAGAUGAAUUUUUAAAUCAUUCCUUUUCUGAAUGUCCAGCAUUAAAACCGAUUAGUGCAAGAAAUCAUGAAACAUUGGUUCUCCAACUGCUGUCAUACUUUCCAGCAUCGAGUAUAAUUCCUGGUCAUGAGUUAUUUUUGUAUAUUGCUUAUCAUUACUUUUUACCAUUCGUAUCCGAUGAUAACAAAAACUGCAUGGAUAUUAACUGUAGUGUGUUGAUAACAGCGACAGUUCAUGUAAUUAGUCAUCAUUCCUUGUUGAAUCUUAUUGUAAAUUUCUCAGCUAGAAUGGGUCUUAUGUUCCUAAGCAACCUAAAAGAUUGGCCACGUUUUAUACCAACUAACGAUAAAAUUACACUUCUCAAUAUGUUAAUUUCAUGUUACGUUGAAAGCAAUCGAUCAGUUAAAUUACCACAAAGUAUCACUCAGUUAUUACCAAUAACACCAGUAGAUCAUCGUAACUACUUGGACGACUGGUUGAACAAAUGGUUAUCUCAGCCCAAAAGUUUGUCCCUGUGGUCGAAAAUUGUAGUACGUAACAAUCUUAGAAAUUCUAGAGAACACUGUACCUUACCUAAAAGGCCAAUCAAUGAUAUUAUUAAGACUUUACCUUUGGCUCCGACGCUUCAGGAAUAUCUUGCGAACAAUGAGUAUGCAUAGAGUAAAAGCACAUUUGUACAAUUAUUCAACUUAAAAAAUAGAAACAUGAAUUUAAUAAACAUUGUAUGAAUUUAA